AAUCUUCAGUCUUCACACCAUCACCGCCACCAUGAUGAUCGCCGUGCCGCCUGCUCUACCUCCAUCUCCUCAGGCACAAUUGGCGCCUUCUCACCACCAUCACAACCACAACCACCAUCACCAAUCAUCACAAUCGUUGACGUCAUCCACACAAUCACCACCACCGUCCAAGGUUCCAAUCGAUUUCAGUCCUCCUUUGAUUGCCAUCGUGGUUAUAGUGGCUACCGCGUUUAUACUAGUCACAUGCUCACGACUUCUAUCACGCCACCUCCUCCGUCUCCUAAGGAAAUGGCGUCAGUGGAGACGUCGCCGACGACGGCUACGGCGAUUCCUUCCCUCAUCCAACGGUGAUCUCGACUCUCCGCCUCCUUUUAGCUCUCCGUCGUUCUUUGACACAGCCGAUGGAUUUUAUGUGUAUUCGCCUUACGGACUCGAUGAUUCCGCCAUUAAAAGCAUUCCUCUCUCAGUCUACACUGCCAAAGCCGCUUCUAACAGAAUCAAAGAUUGUGCUGUUUGUUUGCUUGAAUUUGAAGAUGACGAUUACGUCCGUACACUUCCUGUUUGUUAUCAUGCGUUUCAUGUUGACUGCAUCGAUAUUUGGCUUAGGUCGCACGCGAAUUGCCCUCUCUGCAGAGCCGGAAUUUUUCGCCCGGAGUCUCCGUUCAUUCCUCUCAUGGCGGCAAGGAUUCGACCAAGUCUGGAUGACGCGAUUCUACGACGCAUUGCUCUAGAAACUAUAACGGAACCUCCUGCGCCUCAGUCAGGGUCGACAACAACAGUACCGGAGAUCACGCCCUGCAUUGAGGAACCGUCGCCAGCCAGAGUCAACAAUUUGGAGGAGAGGUUUCAUGGACAUCAUAUGUUGUUGAAGCGAUCUUACUCGUUUGGAUUCGAACGGAGCUUGCCUUCGGAGAGGAUGGUGAUGGAGCCAGCGACGACGUCACCGUGGCGUUUCAGAAGAGGAUCAGGAAACUUCUGGAGCAAGCGACCAUCGCCUUUCGGAUCAUUAUCAAAACCUAGAGUAUUCUCUUUCCGCUACUACAGAGGAAUCAAAUCACCAUUCAUUCGGCGGCGAGGGUUUUUCCCUCUUUCGGAGCGAUUCUCCGGAUCUUCAAGACGGAGCAAGUCAAUGACCAGUCCGAUGUUCCUUCGAUCAGCAGCCUCGGCUUUCUCAUCGAGCCGGCUAAGGUGCGGGGAUCCAGAGGCGCUGCUUUCGCCGGAGCGAUUAAACAGGAGAUAAAAAAAAUUGAGAAUAAAAACGUGAUGUGACACGUGGCGGAGGUGACGGCGACGAGAGAUGGGGCAAUUAAUACGGUUGGCCUGGGUAAAGGAUAGUUAAUGAGAGAAUUGAUGGCAGCGGAAAUUGGUCCGGCAAGUUUGUGGGGAGUCAUUAAUUGGAGUUGGAGACGACAAUUAAUGUGAAAAUUGACGACUCGAGUAAAUCGCUCUCUCUACGUUACGUUUACAUAGAGAGCUCUCUCUCUCCCUGUGCAGUGGUCCGUGGAAGCUCAUAAAUGCCUCUGUUUUUGGGGUUUAAAUUAUAACUCGUUUGGGUUUUUGAGUGGGUUCGGUUAGGUUAGGGCCCAUGGUUCAGAGUCAAAUUCACCUUAUAUGGUUAGAGCACUUGCGAUGGUGUUAUUUUGUCUGGGUCAAUAAAUAUGUAUGGGGUUUUGUGUUUUGCUGAUGUGGUUGUAUUGGGUUUUAUGUUUUGCUGGUGUGGUUGUUUUGAAAAAUUGUGUUUUGGUGUAGUUUUAUUGUGGACGAUAUGGAGGGAAUGAGAAUUUGUUGGCCUCCAUGUUGGGUGGGAAGGAAAAAUGUAUAGUAAUUUGUAUUUUGUUGAUGUGGCUAUAUUGAGAGAUGUGUUUUGUUAAUGUGGUUGUAUAGAGAUACGUGUUUGACUUGACUUUUUAUGUAAUAGAAAUGGGACUCAAUCUUAAUUUUUGUUGGCUCAA